AUGCUCCCCCUCGCCGACUACAUCUUCCUGGAAAAUCUCAGGCUCACUGUCAAAGUAGGCCUCUCUGCCUUCUCCCUCACAGACCAGAGCUUCCCAGUCACCAUCACCUGCAGAGUCCAGGUACCCAGCCAGAAGCCCAAUACAGACAACUAUGCUUCUUCGUAUGGUGAUCUCUGUCGUGCCAUCAAGAAGUUGACUGCUCCAAUGAAGUACGAGUCCUUGCUAGACAUGUCUGCUCACUUGAUGGUUGCGCUGCCUACUGAAAUGCCCAAAUGGGAUGCACAGCACAAGCUGAUCUAUCUCUCCAUCAAAAAGGAAGGCGGGCUCUUGCGUGCACAGUAUGAGACCAUAACGCGUAAUCUCAGGGAUGUCAAGGCACCGCCUAUCUACACCAUCCACGGUAUUCGGAGUAGCUGCAUCAUUGGCAUCUACGACCACGAACGAAUCAAGAAGCAAGAAGUUGAGAUUAAAGUCAGCCUCGCUUUGCCUCACCAUCCGUUCGAUUUGAUGAUGCCAAAGGAUUGGGACGAGAGUGUGCGUGAACGACUCGAAAGCAUGUUGCGCAUGGUGGAUGCCAGCGACUUUCAGACAGUCGAAGCACUCGCUGAAGCCUGUGUGCAGCACUAUGACUUUGUGGAUGAACUGACUUCACUUCAUGCCACGCUCAUUUCAGUGAGUGUAAACAAGCCGUCGGCACUGCUGGACGCUGUUUCUUCAGGCGUCUGCAUUACUCGUCAGUCUGAGGAUGAGUAG